AUGGUGCUGAUUGGAAGCAGGAGAUCUGUGAGGAGAGGGUCUGGAAACAUCCUGCUGGGCAGAGAAGACUCUCCACCCGAUGCCAGUGAGCCCUCACAGAAAACAGCUAGGAGGUGUGAGGUGUCUGCUCGCUGCUUCUCUGUGAUUGACAUGAUGGGUUCAUUGGAUGCUGAGCUUUCACAGGACACAGCCGAUCAUCACAUGCACCGCUGUGCGUCUCUGUGUGAGGAGGGAAUCCACGCCUUCCUCCUGGCUGUACCCCUAGGUGCGCUCACAGAUGAAGACAAGGCUGGAAUGGAGUGGCUCCGAAGAUCAUUUGGAGAAAGAGCCCUGGCCUUCACCAUGAUCCUCUUCACCUAUGAGAGGGAGGAGGAACAAGACACCAUUGUGGACGAUCUGAAGAACAAUACUGUUCUGGAACAGCUUCUUGAGAAGUGUGGAGGCAGGUACCACACCUGCAGCAAUGCUAUGAGCAAUCCAUCUGAGAUUGCUGUACUGCUGGAGAGGAUAGACAGCAUGCUGUCAGAAAACACACAGAGGUGCUAUACUUGGGACAUGUGCAACAUAGAGAAAAGAGAGAAGGAGCAAUCGCCACCUCCAGUUGAGCACUGCAGUGAACCAGAUGGAGGGAAACCUGUAUCAGGAGAUAAUGGAGAACAUUCAGACAACAAUGAACUUGAAGACAAGGCUAUGCUGAGUGAAAGUCACGAGCCAUUGGAAGAACUAUCAAAGACACGGCACAAGGACACAGAGGUGGAAGAGCUGAUGCACAGACUUCACCUUGAAGAUAAGCAUCACGCUAAACUAACAACAGCCGAUUUUCUCACAAUCAGUUCCUUGUCACUCCACCAACAUGAGCCCCAGGAAGAGAAGGAACUAGCUUUUGCUUUUUUGCAGAAGUUGUUGAUGCUGGACUACAGAGCCAGAUACACUACCAUCAAACAUGAGAUCCAUGGAAACGCAAACAUUGCUUCUGAGACUGUAGGAGCAGAAGAGAGUGCUUUUAAUGCUCUUUUCAGUAAAAACCCCCCAACUGAUAAUCAGGCAGAUAAAAACACCCACAUUCACCCAAUGGAUAUUCAAAUGGCUGUGUUUCAUUGUGCAGACAGCUUCCUUAAGCAGUACAUGGUUACUAAGCUGUCCUUGUGUCAAUAUGCUCUACCGCUGCUGGUGCCCAAUCCUUUCACUCCAGAAAUUGAGUGCCCUCUCUGGACAUUUCGGCAGAUUACCAAGAGCUGGAAGUCUACUGAUGUAGACAAUGUAGUUACCAGCAGAUGCAUGCCCAUAUACAAAGCAGAGACGCCAAUGGUAUUUGCCUUCAGGCUUGGUUCUGUGUCUUGCUCCAAGUCUCAGCUGUUGAAUGGCCUGUUCAACCAACGGCACAGCACCUUCUUCCACAGGCACUGCCCAGGCAGCAGCAAAAAACGUCUGUUGAUGGAUGGAGUUGUGGAGAUUGCUUGGUAUUGUCCUGCUGGGAAGCCAACUGACAAUUUUGAGAACUGUAUUGCGUUCUGUAAUCUCCAUGGUGAUGCAGAAGACAGUGAGAAACAGAGAGAGGUACUGACUAGGGCUGCUUCAGUCAACAUUGUGCUGUUACCAGGUCUCAGUCAGGAGGACAGAAGGAUGGGUAUUGUGGAGGAGCUAUUCCACUCUCCCAAACCUCUAAUAUGCCUCCUUGCUGAGGAUAAUAGUGCUGUGACUCAGGUAUCACCAGGAAAGUUUAAAAUGGGCUUAAAAGACAGAAAUCAAUCUGACAUAUCAGAGGAACUGACAAAGACCAUUAGAGGCAGUAUGUCCAAAUCGUGUCAGCGCUUCAAACUCAUGGAUGUGGCAAAACACUUCAGAGCAGAUGAAGAUGAUGAGGAUUGCCGUAAAGGAAUGGAAUGUGCUCUGAAGAUGAAGAAGUUAUUUGAGGGUAUAGCACCUUACAAAAUCAAAGAGAAGUUCUUGCCUUGUCAGGGAAAACUGUGGCAUGAUUGGUGUCAGAAAAACAAAGACCUUUACCGUUUACAAGGAAACGUUGAGAAGCACAAAAGUAGCAUACAAGAAGACAUGAAAGAAAUACGAAGACAGCAAAGAGAGUCUGGCCAGAGUGACUUGAUGAAGUUAUUUGUUGGAAAUUUGCUCUCACUGACAUCAGACCAGAGAACGUACUUCCUCAAAUGGGUUGGGAUCCUUUUGGAUGACUGUUCCUCUGACAAACUGUCCGAUCUUCACCACAACAGACAAAAGGAGCUGGAACACAUCUCAGAGCAGCUGAAUGCUGCAACAUUCGGCCUGGAGCACAUCCUGAGAGAAAUGGGUCAGAUUUAUGAAUCUUGGCAAUGUCAGCCUGGAAGAAGCAAGCCAAAGCUGAAUAUUACCGCUUUCCCAGAAAUGGCUGCAGAGAUCAUGAUAUCAGGAUAUCCAGUUGAACUGAUGGAUGGUGAUGCAGCACACGUUCCUUUGAGGUGGAUAGAUGCUGUUCUGGAUAAAGUAAUUGAGAAACUAGGAGACAAGAGAGUCUUUGUGCUGUCAGUUUUGGGUAUUCAGAGCACUGGAAAAUCCACAAUGCUAAACGCAAUGUUUGGACUGCAGUUUGCAGUGAGCGCUGGUCGGUGCACUCGUGGUGCCUUCAUGCAACUAGUCAGUCUAUCAGAAGAGAUGACAGCAAAGCUAAAUUUCGACUAUGUCCUUGUGGUUGAUACAGAGGGCCUUCGAGCUUUAGAGCUUGCCGGCAAAGCAACACUGCAUCAUGACAAUGAAUUAGCAACGUUUGUCAUUGGCGUUGGAAAUAUGACCUUGAUCAAUAUAUUUGGGGAAAACCCUGCGGAAAUGCAAGACAUUCUUCAGAUUGCUGUUCAGGCCUUCCUGAGAAUGAAGAAGGUGAAGCUGUCUCCCAGCUGUGUGUUUGUUCAUCAGAAUGUUGGAGACAUCACAGCUGGAGAGAAGAACAUGGAAGGAAAGAGGCGCCUGCAGGAGAAACUGGAUGAUAUGACUCGAUUAGCAGCCAAAGAAGAGAUGUGUGAUGUGGAGUGUUUCAGCGAUGUCAUUGCGUUUGACAUACAAAGAGAUGUCAAGUACUUUGCACAGCUUUGGGAAGGAAGUCCACCAAUGGCCCCUCCAAACCCAUGUUACAGUGAGAGCAUUCAGGACCUCAAGAAGACCAUUCUCUCUAAGAGUUCAAAGCCAGGAGGUGUGACGCUUUCACAGUUCAAAAGAAGGAUCCAUGAUCUCUGGAAUGCACUGCUAAACGAAAACUUUGUUUUCAGUUUCAAAAAUACAUUGGAAAUUGCAGCGUACAGAAAACUUGAAGUCCAGUAUACAGAAUGGACAUGGAAGCUCAGGAGUGCUAUGCUGCACAUUGAAAACAAACUCCAAAACAGAAUUGAUAAUGAAAAACUGGAAACUGUUGAGACAAAUUUCCUCAUGCAGGGAAUAAAAGGAUGUUAUGAAGAUGUUGAAAAAUCGAUGAAACAAUAUUUCAAAGAUGACAGAGACAAAGAGGUCUUAGUUCAGUGGAGAGGAAAAUUUGAGUACAAGAUUAAGGAACUUCGUGAUGAUCUUGUUAAGGGAACAAAAAGAAAGCUGGAGGAGGUUGCUCAGCAGAAAGCAGCUCGUAAAAAUUUAGAUGAAAAGAGAACACAGUAUGAAAACAUGCUCUUCAACAAGAGCAAGGAGCUGGCCAUAAACCUGAAACACAAGGCCAAAGAUGAAAAGGAACUGAAGAGAGAAUUUGAUUCUGUGUGGAAGGUAUGGGUUUCAGAUUUGACCAAAGGCACAACCUCCAUUACAGACAAAAACAUCUGGGAUGAUGUGCAGCGUAUCCUGACUGAAGUUCAUGAAUGUUCUCUUGUCUACAAUCAAAUGGAAUGUGCCUCUUUCAAGGACAUAUGUCAUAAAGGAGAUUAUUCACAGUACGUGUCACUGAAAAAGCAUCACGAUCUCAGCAACACAAGAGAAGUUUCUGAAGAUGCUUCAGCAGAGUCAAUUAGAGGCUUAAUCCAAGACAUUGAGAGACACACUGAGAUCCUUGUUAAAGAAAAACCUGUUGCAGAGAUGGGUUACAAUGACAGUUACAUUCAAGAAGUUUUGAAUUAUGUCCAAAGGAGAGUGAAGGAGUUUGAAUCAAAAUCUACAAGAUAUGCGUUCAAAAAAGAAUUCAUGGUGGAUCUUUCACUAUACAUGUGUGUUAUUGCAGAGAGGACAUUUUCUGAGCAUCACAGAGCAUUCAGAAAGGCCAAUGAUGCACUAGCUUACCUUGAGGACAAAAAGUCUCAGUACUAUAGAAUCUUCCGGAGUUACUGCCAAGGUGCUACAUCAACCACUGUGUUUGCUGACUUCAUUUGCAGCAAACUGAAGCCAUCCAUUCUGCUGUCUGUCUAUGACAAAACUGCCAUCAAUGUUGCAGAAGAAAUGAGGGCCAGUUUCCCGGCAUUCAGUGGAAAUAGAUCUAACCUUGAGAAACACAUCCUACGGUCACUGGCUGAAGAAGAGAACUUCAACAAUUUCAUGGCUUACAUUCACAAUCCAAGGAAAUAUUUUCAACAGUUUAUAUCAAAUGCUGUGAAUAAGUACUUGUUCGAAGGUAAGAGUUCCAGAAUUCUCACCAUGAUCAAAAACAACAUUAAACUGAAGCAGCACUGUGUAGAGCGUGCAGCAGAGACAGCAACUGCACAUGUUAAACGUGAAUGUGCCGAUAUCCAUAUGUGGCUGAAGAGUUUUUCUAAUGCACUCACAGAUGAACUGAAAUUUACAGAGAGUGGCCUAAAGGGCAUUGACUAUCGAGACAUCACCAACUUUGAUUUCCUUUUGGAAAGACUUACAGAAGGCAUGGCUAAAGUCAUUUCAGAGUUAAAUGAAGUGUCUUCCGUCAAUGUGGAGAUGUUCCGGGAGAAGCCUGAUGAGAUUUUGAUCAGACAGUUGUGCAGGUGCUGCUGGGUGCAGUGUCCCUUCUGCAAAGCCAUCUGCACCAACACAAUGGAGGGGCACCCUGGGGAUCACAGUGUACCUUUCCACCGCACAAAUGGAAUCAACGGAUGGAAAUACAGGGGAACAAAGUAUCUGUGUAUCAGUUUUUGCACAACUUCAGUUGCAAGUGAUAAGUCCUUUUGGUCAUCAGAUGAGAAGUUUCCUUACAAAAAAUACAGAGAAGCUGGUCCAAAGUAUGCCUGCUGGAGCAUCACUCCUGAUCACUCUGAGCUGCCGUACUGGAAAUGGUUUGUGUGCAGAUUUCAAAAGGACUUGGAAGGAUAUUACAAGAAAACAUUCCAGGGAAGUGGUGAAAUUCCCACUGCAUGGAGGAAUUUCAAAAAAGAGGAUGCCCUCAAGAGCUUAGAUGAGCUCAUAUAG